AUUCUCGGAAGUGUGUGACUAAACUGGCGAUUACGGAAAUAACUGCUUAGCCAGAAUCAAAUAAAUAAGGGAUUAAUAUUGAGUCGCCACCUGUGUACGCCUGUAACACUGUCCACAAUGUCCAGGCAAUCCAACCGAACGACAGACAGCAAGAAGAUGAACUCUGAGCUGUUCACACUGACCUACGGGGCCCUGGUCACCCAGCUUUGUAAAGACUAUGAGAAUGACGAGGAAGUCAAUAAACAACUGGACAAGAUGGGUUAUAACAUCGGAGUGCGUCUCAUCGAGGACUUCUUGGCACGCUCCAGCAUCGGCAGGUGUCAGGAUUUCCGAGAAACAGCCGAUGUCAUUGCUAAGGUUGCAUUUAAGAUGUACCUGGGAAUCACCCCCAGUGUGACCAACUGGAGCCCAGCAGGAGAUGAAUUCUCCCUCAUCUUAGAGAAUAAUCCGUUGGUAGACUUCGUGGAGCUGCCUGAUAACCACAGCACGCUGAUCUACUCCAACCUGCUAUGCGGGGUCCUCAGAGGAGCCCUGGAAAUGGUCCAGAUGGCGGUGGAUGUGAGAUUUGUCCAGGACACUCUGAGAGGGGACAACGUCACAGAAAUACGCAUGAAAUUCAUCAAGAGGAUCGAAGAAAAUCUCCCGGCAGGAGAUGAGUAACGGAAAAUGAAGGAACACCUUCACUUACAGACUGAGAGGAUGAACAAACCAAACUCGCAAACAUCAAGCUGAGUGGUACAUCUCAAUAGUAUGUUUCGUUUCCUCACAAUCUUGAAUACUGUCUGUCAGUUGAAAGACUUUGUAUUAACAUCACAGCCUGGAUAUUAGAAAAACACUCCUGGGCUUCUAGCAUCUUCAUCUCGUUUUUUUUCUAUCUGUGCUGAAAGGAGAAGAAUGCUAGGAGUUAAAAGGAGACUAUUGAGAUUCAUCCCAAAGAAAAGAAACACUGUACACUAUUGAAACACAACACGAGAUCAUAACAUGGCUCUGCAACCUUGAAUUUUUUUUUUUUUGAUGGAUGACAAAAAAAAAAAACUUGAACCAUCUGUGGUCCAGUUUGAGAGUUUCUCACAUUAAAAAUUUCUGCCCUGUUUCUGGAGAGAAUGAAGUGUUUUCGUUCGGCCAUGUUUUAACUGUUAUCUUUUGUUUUUGGUGCAAGGCUGGAAAGCCCCACAUUGUGAUGUUUUAUGUUUGUCUUGUUUUUGUUUUUUUUUUUGUAAUGAAAUCACGUUCUGUAUUCCUGCCAAUUGUCUGGCACAAUAAUUUAUGUAGAUGCAUAUGUCAAUUAAAUGCAACGUAUUUGA